GGCAGAAAGGGAGAAAAGUCAGAAAAGAAAGCAAGGAGGACCACGGGGCGCACACACACACACACACACACACCCAGGCUCGUCUACACACUGGUGUCCACGAUGAAAGGCACACACUUCAGCGCUGGUCUCAUCCUGCUCCUCGUCCUCGUCCAGAGCAGCCUGGAGCUCCCGCUACAUGACGACACCACCAGCUCAGAGACGAACACGAGUCUCCUGGACGAGAGGAAAGACAUGAUGCGGGUGAGGAGACAUUCAGAAGGAACGUUCUCAAACGAUUACAGUAAAUACCUGGAGACGCGACGAGCGCAGGACUUCGUCCAGUGGCUCAUGAACUCCAAGAGGAGCGGAGGCCCGGCGCGACGCCACGCUGACGGCACCUACACCAGCGACGUCAGCACGUACCUGCAGGACCAGGCCGCUAAAGACUUCAUCACCUGGCUGAAAAGUGGCCAGCCCAAACCAGAUGCCUUGGAGAUGAGGAGUGUGGACUCGAUGAGCAGGAGGCACGUAGACGGGAGCUUCACCAGCGAUGUCAACAAGGUGCUGGACAGCAUUGCUGCCAAGGAUUACCUCCAGUGGGUCAUGAGCUCUCAGUCGUCAGCCAGCGGAAAACGACACUGAGGACAACGGGGGACGUCCGAGUGCUUCCCUUUCCCCAAUCCCCCCGGAGCGAACGGUUAUGUUCUUCACCCUGAGAAUCAGCAGAUCAUGGAAAAGCCAUAGUCCUUCAUAACCAGAGCUGAAACACCACAGGAAAUCCAAAGCCAUACAUUUAUUUAAUGUUCAGUCGUUUCUACUGUGAUUAUUUAUUUGCUAGUGAUUUGUUCAACACCUUUAAAAAGUCAAGGAUAUUAAAAUAAAGGGAAUAUUUUUCUAUAGAUAUAGAUAUAUAGAUGUUUUUCAUGUUUAAAUAUUUAUACAAAAUGGUUCUCUCAGGGGAAAUGUUCCAACUCUCAGGUUCUGUGAGUGUGAGUGGAAAUGACGUAUGAAAAAAAUAAAAACACUCAUGAAAAAUAAAUAUAUAAAAUAAUAAAAAAAAUUCAUGUUCAAUAAA